AUGAGCAAGGGGCGUCAAGAUGGAAAAAAGAAGAAAGCAGAAAACGCGCAAAGCGGGCCCGCACAGUGUUUGUUACUGGAGUCUGUCUUUGGCAUUCGAUCAGACACCUGCACGGCCGCAGCUUAUGACUUGGAUGCGUACGUCGACGAUACAAGUCGACCUCUCAGUUUGUUGAACGAGACGAAAGGAAAUACAAGAAAAAGUGCAAUUGGCUCGUUACGACCGGCACACCUGGAUCAUAUGCUUAACGCCGUAUUUUGUCGGCCGUUCCGGCCGUGUUUUGAGGCCGGAAUUGAGCCUUUCAUUCUCGACCUGGCCUGGCGCGGAAAUAUACCACAGGUCAAGGAGCGCUAUGUCCGAAAGAGGAAGGGCCUGGGCUUUGACCAUUUCUUAAAGGUUACCAUUUCGCGGCUGUCUCUGUAA